AUGGCAGGGUCGAUCAAAAUCUCCUCGCCCUCGCACUUCACCGAGCUGCUGGCGGGCUCCAAACUGGUUAUUGCACAAUUCUACUCCGAGAACUCGGUUCCCUCCCAACAAGUCGCCGACGUGUUUGAGCAAAUGUCAGGCGCCUUCUCGCGCCCCAAGCUAGUCGCCUUCGUCAAGAUCGACACCGAGCAGCAGAAAGACGUAGCCCAGGCUUACCGCGUCACCUCCGUGCCGACCUUCAUCAUCUUCCGCAAUGGCAAGCUCGCCGACCGCGUCCAGGGCUCCGAUCCCCAGAAGCUUCAAUCGGUACUCAACAAGCUCAGCGAGGAGGUCGAGAACAUCAGCAAGGGGAAGAGCGGCGAGGCCAGCGGGAGCGGGAGCGGGAGUGGCAGCGCUUCCACCGGCCCGAACUGGAAGGGCGCCGCGCUCCCGAGGGGAUAUACCGACGUUACCGAUCAGAUUGAGGUGCGGCAUUGCGAGCUGUUGAAUGUUGACCCGGAUGUGGGGAGCGUACGGGUCCUAUUCGAUACGGCGAAGCCGAGCGCGUUAUCGGGGGGGAAGAGCACCGCGGCUAAGGACUGGGUGGAGAGUGAUACGGAUGAGCAGUUGUUGCUCUUCAUGCCUUUUCAGUCCGCGCUGAAGCUCCACACACUACAGAUCACUUCUAUCCCUCCUAGCGGCGAUGACGACGAGGAUGACGAGGACGAAGACGAUGUUCCCCUACGCCCGCGGACGAUCAAGCUUUUUACGAACAAGCCUCACAACCUAGGGUUCGACGAAGCGGAAGACCUGAGUGCCACGCAAGAAAUUGAAAUCUCCGAGGAUGACUGGAACGCCGAUGGGACUGCGAACAUCCCCCUGAGGUUUGUCAAGUUCCAGAACAUCACCAGCCUCGUGCUGUUCGUUGUGGAUGGAGAUGGGGAUGGCGAAAAGACGAGGCUGGAUAGGUUGAGGUUGAUUGGAGAGGCUGGUGAGAAGCGGGAGAUGGGGAAGUUGGAGAAGAUCGGGGACGAGCCUGGCGAGUAG